UUAUGGCAACUGAAGGUUGCGGAGGCACUCCUGAAAGGCGACCAUGAUGUACUCUGUACUGCAGGUACAGGAAUGGGCAAGACACUAGGUUUCUGGAUAGCAUUGUUAUUCUGUCAAGGUAUACAAAUUGUCAUCACACCUCUGAAUAUGCUUGGCAAGCAGAAUGCAGCGUCACUCGCCAGGGCAGGCAUACGAGCUAUUUCGAUAAGCAGUGAGACCGCAACC